GGUGAUGCAGUUGAGGUUACAUUGCAGCUUAAUGAGUCAGCGUUCAAGCGCUUAACGAUACUACACGGAUUAUGCCACAUCACAUAGAUAUGACCCCGCAGCAAGGAAAAACAACAUCAUUCAACACUGAAUAUUUCUCAAGAUAGCAUUAAUUCUUUAACGACAGGAUCCUAACGCGAAGACAUCUUUGAAAAUGCCAAACAACACUGCUAUACCAAAGGGUGAUAAUCAUUCCGGACCUAGUUACAAUUGUAUCAGACAAGGUAAUCGGAAUUAUUUCCUCUCGAUUCAUUUCUAAUAGUGAAAGAUCUUGAGCGUAGAUCUACAGGGCAUAUCUCAAUUCACGAUCUAUGCAAUAAAACAUUGCCUGAAGCCAUGAUAGUUUUCCUACCUUCUGAGAAGAGUUUGAUCCACCUCAAGCUAGAUAAGCAGCUUUCGGAUCGAUUUAUAAUCCCAGACUCCUUUUGGGAUUCUGUAUCUCAAGAAGCAAGUGGCUUUUUCAGAUGUCAAGAAAGCAGGAGUGUUGAUGACGUGUUAGAAGCUUAUACCACACUCUUCCGGGUUCUGAUUAAGCAGCCAAAUACUGGGUCAAGCAGCUGCAAAAGCAAUGGCAUUCUAUAUACAUGGCACAAAUUUACUUUCCUGACCUCCUGGUUGCCUUCCAAUAAGCUUGUUGUUCUCUGCUUUGAUCUACCACCUCCUUUUCAAAAUACCUUGAUUGCUUCUUUAAUUAAUUCUUCGACUCAUCUGGAAAUGCGAGAUAUGUAUUCCAUUCACGUUUUAUUACUAUGGGAGAUAACAAAGUUAUUUGAUUUUGCUUUAUGGUCAUCGCGUGAUCUUGUUAGAGAUCUAGAGAAGAACCGGGUAUCAAAAGAAGAUCCUCAACCAGAUUAUGAUCGAAUGCACGAGCUUGCAAGGCAUGCCAUACAUACAUCCGAGAUGUUAGAAAUGACACUUGAAACACUGACGGCUAUCAUUCGAGAGCACGAGCUUUUCUUCGACAACAAUCCCGCAUUACCGAAAUCGAUCAGAACGAUAUCUAAACAGACGAUGAGAGAUCUACGAUUCCAAAACACCAUUUUCAAAUCUCUUCAUUUAAGAUCAAAGGCUCUUGAAGACAGGCUUCGUAAUGAAAUCAAUUUGGCCUUUAAUAUUGUAGCUGAAUAUGAUAGUCGUAUCUCCGUACGCUUGUCGAAAGAAAUGCAGGUGGAUAGUUUCUCUAUGAGAACUAUCGCAGUCUUAGGGCUUCUCUUCCUACCCGGAACCUUUAUUUGUGCAAUAUUCAGUACCAGCUUUUUCAAUUUUUCUCCGGGAAACACUACAGAACCACAACGCUGGGUGGUGUCAGAUAAGUUUUGGAUUUACUGGGUAGUGACAGUUCCAUUAACUCUGGUGAUCAUGCUAUUAUGGUGCAUAUAUCAGCCCUUGAGCCGAAAUCAAAAGUGGGAUCGGAGAUGAGUAUGCAAGUGACGGAUACUUUAAGAAUGAGUGGAAAGUUAUAUAAUAAGAUGAAUAAGUGAGCUGGUUAAAGCAGGUUGUGAUGGACAAUGAUGUGGUUACAUUUACAACAUAUUUGUAAUUAAUACAACAAUUUGAUUAUGAUUUAGGAUCUUGUAUUUUUGUAAAAAGAUUAUUAAUAGAAAAAUUCCUCCA